AUGACCAUUGAGGCAUUCUGUUCGCAGGGCAUAGUUUUGUCGAGGGUAGCUUGGCUUCUGAGGUGCGAUGCCCUCCUCAGUACCACUGGAGAUCCGUUCCGGGAGAUUCAAGCUGCUUCUUUGUGUCAGCGCUUGGGACUGCUCAAGCAGAACGUCGAUUUUGGAGGCAGCAAUCAGGUGAUCCACUUUGAUUCAAGCUUGCUGGAGAAGGUGCAGGAGAUGGCACGUGCACUUCUCCAGGACUUUGAAUCACUGUGCAAGGUCCUGCUCCACCUGAAUGAGAACCAAGUGAAGCCGGAGCUGAAAGAGAAUGCCGAACUGACGGCUGCAAUUGUCAAACUCGAGCAGGUGUGGACCGAUUGCCAGUUCAUCCUUCAUCAGGGCUGCCUGGAUUUCAUAGAGGUCUUAGAGCGCGAAGUCUUGCCACAGCUCAGUGCGCAGUGCUGCUGGCUUGUGUUCUUUUGGGAAGCAGUUUUGCCAGUGUUAUCCUUAGAUUGCUUGCCUCGUGGCAGGUUGAGACCAGCCGAGGUCGCAUUGUACCAAACUGUGCCGAUGAUGGUCUACGUGGACCGACUCGCCUGUUGUCGGAAGAAUUUCCUGAGCUGCAGCUCCAACGGUCAGGAGGAACUCUGGCGGGAUACCAAUCCUGAGGAAUCAAGCGACCAAGCCCAGUUGCUGCUGCUGCUGCAGUUGUCGACCCGCUUUGGCGCAGUAGUGGGUUGUUUGUUUGGAUGGGCCCCGGGCUCAACAGGUGAAGGGCCCCGAUUCCUGUGA